CCAAAAUGUCACAUUUGGAAAAAAAACAUCGUUCAUUUUGUUGAACUUGAAAAUCUGCCUGCUUUUAGAAAUUAUUUGGCACUUGGUACCAUAGAAACCAUUAAACAAAAUGACUAAAAAAUCAAUAUCGCUGGAAAUAGACCCUUCAAUAAUGGAGAAGAAUAUGAGAAUUGUGAGAGACAAUCCUAUGGAAGAAGAGUUCAACAAACUGCUUGCUACAGUGGAUCCAUUGCCGUAUAAGACUGUGAAACCAACACCAGGUUACUGUGUAAAAACAUUCUCAAAACCAGACAACAAGAAAGUUUUUGUUAACAUAUGUACUGCAGACUCCAUACCCAGUCCGAGAGACAUCAGUAAUGAUGAGUUGAUGCGAAUACUGAAUUCGGAAGAUCCUUCCAGCUAUAGAGUGCCCAUGAGCAUUGGGGAAGGGAGAACUGAGCAAGAUAAGUCUGGGGCACCAGCAACAGUAUAUGAUAUAGCCAUUAACCCUGAAUUUUAUAAGAAAACAGAGAAAGAUGAAUUGUGGCGGACCUUCUUUCUCACCAUAGUCUUUGAAGGUUUGCAGGAUAAAUACCAGUUCGAGUUAGAUAUGCUAAAAUUCACAGUCCUGAAAAAUAGAAAGUCAAUUGGUACUCUGCAGUCUCACAACAUUCAGAUGAGAGAUAUCCAACAGUGCGAGGAGAAGAUUAAGUCCCCCCUCAUUGAGGAAAUUGAUGCUUCCAAAAUAUCUGCCAAAAAGAGAGAGCUUAUUUAUAGACUGAGAAGAGAACCCCCUACUGGGGAAAUAGAAUAUUUACUAGCUGAAUUUAAAAUACCUGCCUCUGUUGAACUUAAGGAUCUCAAUUUAGAAGUUGGUGAAGAUCGCCUGGUUCUAGACUCAAAGGGCAUGUUUGAGAUAGUUGACUUCUUCUUACCCUGCAGUGUUGACCAGGACAUUAUUGAUGCAAAGCUGAAUAGGAAUGAUGAUAUGCUGUUGGUGAAAAUGCCUGUUAUUCAAUAAAAACAAUGUCUAGCCGCUGUGUUUGGAAAAGAUUCUAAUAAUUGAGCCUUAAUAAAAAUUAUGCAAAGAUA